AUGUUUUUACAGGUGACCAACGGGCAGGCUUUCUACUGGCUGUCUCAGCUGAGGCAUCGCUGGGACGAGCAGCAGAGACAGUGCCUGGCUAACAUCUGUGAUGUUCAGUUCUUCUACUCCUACCAAUAUCUGGAGAACACCCCUCGUCUGGUCAUCACCCCCUCAUUGGCCGGUCAGUGCUACAUCACUCUGACCCAGUCUCUCCACCUGACUAAGAGUGGGACCACCAAGGACCUGGGAGGGGCCCUGGGCAUCAUGGUGUACGUCUUCAACUGCUCUGAACAGAUGGACCUCAAGCCUAUAGGGAACAUCUUUAAGGGCCUAGACUGGAGGGCCUACUUGAUGAAUUCAACUGCUGCUCUGGUGCACGCGGCUGAGACGGCGCAUCUGAGGUACUUUAUGGAUCUGUUGCUGGAGAGGGGCCAACCCCUGAUGCUGGUGGGGAAUGCAGGCGUGGAGAAUACUUCUCUGGUCAGGAAUCAGGUAGACCACCUGACAAAUAUCGACAUGACCACUGAAGUACCCCUCAACUACUACUGCACCUCCCUCAUGCUGCAGAGUGAGUGA